ACAAAGUCUGGCUUUUGAGCCAACGACAGAUAGCGAAUGCCGGUAUGUGACUUUUGUUCUCUCAGAAGUACGAGAAGAUGGCACACUGCGUUGACCAGUAAUCUCGUUAUAGGUUGACCAAAUGCUCCGUGUGAGCUAAUCUUCGAUGAUAUCCGACUGGGUCUGCAUAGGACAUGAUGGUGGUUGGGACAACCAGCGGAACCGUUCGUCAUGUGAGGUAUCCUCCCUCAACGGAGAAGUGCCUUAAGGACCGUCGCUGGCGAGCCUCCAAGUUUCAUUCAAAUAUAUCUAUUCCACGGCUCUCCAGACAUUGAGCACCAUUCAAUACUGCAAGAAUGGGUGAUGCUAUACCCACAGACAUUAUUCUUCGCCAUGAAGUACCGCACAUCAGACGAGCCGCUCGUGGCCACAGCCUCAUCGUCAAGGGCGAGCCAUUCCUGAUGCUUCCAGCUGAGCUGCACAAUUCCUCCUUCAGUUCGCACGAAUUCAUGGAACAAGUCUGGCCAGUGUUGAAGGACUCCAGCGUGAACACAAUACUUGCCAAUGUAACCUGGGAAAGCAUUGAGCCUGUUGAAGGGCACUUCGACUUUGCACACCUUGACCAAAGCAUUCUCAACGCGAGGGAACAUGGAUUCCACCUUGUCCUACUGUGGUUUGGCGCCUUUAAAAACGGUAAGUCGGACUAUGCGCCGCGAUGGGUGAAAACCACCCCUGCGAGAUUUCCUCGUAUGACGUUACUCUCCGAAGACGGCACGCCGAAACCCCAAAAUGUUCUCUCCAUUCUCGACCCUGAGGUUGUCCAAGCAGACAGCGCGGCUUUCAGAGCACUGAUGCGACACAUUCGGCAGAUCGAUAGAGACUAUUCUACCGUAUUGAUGGUACAAGUAGAAAACGAGGUUGGACUACUAGGAGGCUCAAGGGACGUGUCGUUGACCGCCACUUCUCGUUUUGAGGCACCAGUUCCGGCUGCAUUGACCGAAUGGAUUGACAAAAGUUGGAACUCUUUGCACAGCUCUUUCAAGAAGAAUCUUGAAGUCUAUCGCAAAGAAAAUCAUCUGUCGCAAGCCGGGUCCUCUUCGUGGUCGCAGGCUUUUGGUGCCUCUUCUACAACAGAUGAGUUGUUCAUGGCAUACCACUAUGCGUUGUAUGUCGACCAAGUUGCACGAGCCGGGAAAGAGGAGUACGCUCUGCCACUCUUCGCAAAUGUCUGGCAAAACUACGCCGACGAAGAUGCAGAUAAAACUCAGCCAAUUGUCGUCGGCGGCGGAGGCCAGCCGGGUGACUACCCAUCUGGAGGGGGUGUUAUCAAUGUCCUCGAUGUCUGGCAUUUCUUUGCGCCGACCUUAGACUUCAUCGCGCCUGACCUUUACCUCAAUGACUACAAUGCCGUGUGCCGCAAAUAUCGACACGGGGGUCAGCCUCUCUUCAUCCCGGAGCAAAGACGGGAUGAAUAUGGUGCGCGCCGUAUCUGGAGUGCGUAUGCUACACAUCACGCUCUAGGCGCGUCCCCCUUCGCAAUUGAUUCGCUCAGUGCUGCGGAAAAUCCGUGGCGACGACAUUUUGGUUUGCUAGACCAGAUAGCACCAUGGCUGCUAGCAGCUCGCGAAUCGAACAGCGAGACAUUCGGAUUCUGGUUUGACGAGUGUGUCGAUAACGAGUCGGUCACGGAUGCACAUCAGGUGGUCAUGGGUAGCUGGAGGCUAACAAUCGAGCGAUCAUUCGUGUUCGGUAAACCGGGCCCAGGUUUUGGUCUGAUCAUUCAAUUGCACGAUGCAACAUUUCUCCUUGUUGGCGAAGGCUUUCAAGUCAGUUUUGCGUCCACCAUAAAGUCGUCUUCGUUCACUGGGUUCCUAUCUUUCGCCGAGAAAAUCAGCGAUCCACACACGAAGCAGUUGAGAAAUGGGAGAAUGCUCAAUGGCGACGAGACCAGGAGUGGGCAGCUUGCGAUCAUGCCUAGUCCGCAGCCGGAUUUGGGUACAUUUCCCAUUUGCAUUACUAUUCCGGCGCGGUCUCGCAUAGCGGAGGUUGAGGUCUAUGAGUUUUGAGUGUUGAUCUGCAUGUAAUUAGGUCUAAAGGAUAGAUAGGUCUUUCACUUUCAGUGGGCUCAAUCGGGAUGUAUUUCGGAUACCUCCCUCCUGUCUUGAGCUGAUGUAAUGUUCGUGCUGACGGACAGUGUCGCUAAUACAAUACAAGCUCCCAACUCUGCUGCAGGACACGCCCACCAUCCCAGAUCCCACCCCUUUGUUCCAAGUUGUUCAUUAAAGUUAGUAGCAAGAGAUUGAAU